GUUUGAUAAUUGCAUUUAAUGAAUUAUCUUUAUCUUUAUUCAACUUUAACCAAUAAUAAAUUAAUUACAUUUUACCAAAUCAAUAUAAAUAGAUGAGAUUUAUUAAAAAAAGAAAACUAGGUAAGAAAGUAAACUAAUCCUGACCGUCCGGUCAGAGGGAAGGUAAUCAUCGCCGUGGAAUAUAGACGUCACGUCAAUAGUGUACACCGGAGCACAGAGGAUCGUGCCUUCUCUCCCUCUCUGAUUAAAAGUAUAGAGAGCCUCCGAUUGAAAAGAUUUGAUCGGUGAAAAUUUCCAUUCGACGAAUCGGAGUUCCAAAAGCUCGCUGACGAGUUCUCAAUAGUAACCUCUCCGGCGCUUAUCGUGAAAAACCCUAUGUUCCAGACUUCUCUUACGCUUUCCUUGCAAAAUCUGCCUCAAUUUUGGAUUGAAGACAAGAGCUUGAGGCUUUUUCUCCAAUCUUAAUUGAAACUUUGGGGUUUUUCUCACGGGGAUUUUGCGAAUUAGGGUUUCGGAUUGGGGAUUUUGUUACAUCGAAAGGACUUUGGAGAUUCAGCGUUGGGCUCGGUAAUUGAAGAAUGCAGAAUUCAUAAACACCGCUCUGGAAUUUUACUUUUUAGGAUAACAAAGGAGGGUCAUUUUAUCUGUUAAUUGAUGGGUGAAGAGAUAUCUAGCACUGUGAACCUGGAUUUGAAUCUGGGUCCUGAUCCUGAGUUAGGUCUCGAGCCAGCGACGAAUUAUGCUCGGUCUGAUUGGGGUAAUGGACUUGCUGCUAGGGAAUCCGAAUCUCUGAGAAGGUUUAGAAGUCGGUACCGGUCACGUUUCAGACGGAUUGAUAUGCUUCCGGUUCUUGCUGAGACACAUAGCCCGGCGAUGGAAUUGAGUCAGUUGUUGAUCACUUCUGGAAAUGUAGUUGCUUUGCCUGCUGGUGAGGGAAGCAUGGCUAGUGGAGAAAGGGUCAUCGAGGACUCCAAAAAGUGCGAGAAUGGGAGCAAAGUGAUGGCAGAAGACAAUGUAACAGAGGAGAAAAGAGAUGUUGAGAAGAGCGUUGGCAGCGAUGGGAGCUUUUUCGAUUGUUAUAUAUGUUUGGAUUUGUCCAAGGAUCCAGUUGUUACUAAUUGUGGCCACCUUUACUGUUGGUCUUGCCUUUACCAGUGGCUACAGGUUUCAGAGGCAAAAGAAUGCCCGGUUUGUAAAGGGGAGGUAUCUGUGAAAACAGUGACUCCAAUCUAUGGACGUGGGAUACAGAAAAGAGAAUCUGAGGAGGUUUCAAACACCAAGAUCCCUUCGAGACCCCAAGCACGACGCACAGAGAGUUUGAGGACUACACUUAACAGGUCAGGUCAUAUACCAACGGAAAUAUUUAGACAUUUGCAGGAUAGGCUUGAAAGGGAAUCUAGUACAGGAGAAAGACGCGCCAGACCAUCUCUUAACCGGUUUAUGACUUCGAGGGGAGUUAGAGCAGAGGAGAACCAGUCUAGUGAAGCACUGGUUGAACCUUCAUCAGAUGAGAUUAACGAUAUUGAUCUGAUCUUAAAUAAUGCCCCUGAAAAUGAAGAGGAAAACGAAAACCUAAGCUCGUCACGUGCUUUGGCAACCCAGAGACGAUGGGCACAGAUGUAUGGGAGGGUGUCGUCGUUUACUUUGAGCUCUGCUGAAAGAUUAGCGGAUACUUAUUUGAUAACACAUGCAUUGGGGAGGAACCAAGAACAAAACAGCAGUCCUCCUGUUGGUGUUGAAGACAGGGAUUCGUUCUCAAGCAUAGUAGGUGUGAUAAACUCGGAGAGUCAAGUUGAAACGGCGGCUGAGAUUAAUUCAAUGUUGACUGUAUCGACUUCUUCGUCUGUUAGAAGACAUGAGAACAGUUCAAGGGUCUCUGAUGUUGACAGUGCAGAUUCUCGUCCACUGAGGAGAAGAAGGAGAUUAGCUUAGAAGAGAAUGGAGGAGAAGAAAGAGGAAGCUAGAGUAAUAAUCUGUAGUAGAAAGCAGUGAUUUUAUUGGUUUUUUCAGUUUGUUUUUUAUAUGGGAUUUUGGAUUUUUGUUGUUUCAGUUUUUAUGCUAAAAGACUAAUAAAUAAAUACAUCAAUAGGAUAUAUGGUUUUUUCAAUUCUUUUGAUCUGGUGAAUGAAUUCGGUUG